AUGCCCUAUGCUCUUAGAAUCUAUUUUCUGAAUGCAAGGGUACUUCCUAACGGGUCUCUGGAAGGGAAGCAACUGGUCCCAGUCAAAAGGUCAAAGAAAGAGAGGGACAAGCAUUCUUCCCAGUUUCUUACUUCUGAGCAGCAACACUGCCUUCUUCAGGUCUUCACUUGUCUUUCAGAGCCUGCCAGAGUUCUCAAAAAGAGCCAGAAAAGAAAAGAUUCUUGUCUUCCAGCCAGUUUGAGAGACACAGAAACCAUUCAGGAAAUGUCAGUGGUCCUGCAGAGUGGAGUCCAUGAGCUAGAAGAUAAGAUGGAGACUCAAGCACAAAUAGAAGACUCACAGGACAGUUUCCCAAAGAAACUGCCAUCUUUAGUACAUUUCUUUACAACGUCGACAGAUUCAGGUAGCACGACGCUGCCAUGUUCACGGUCGUUAUCUGAUGAAAUACCUCUCAGUUACUGUCUGUCUAGCCCUCAAGUUAGUGGAGCAACUAUAUCGACAGUUGGACCAAAGCCUCUUAAACCUGCUCUAGUGACCCGUUCCCGCUCAGAAAACAGCUUGGGACUCAACAUCGGCAAAAUUCCAAAGAGACACUCUAUUCCAGUCCUUGCUGGUGAGCCAGCUGUGAUUGGGGAAGGGGAAGAUUAUUUCCUGUCUUUGUUUGGUGAUACAAGGAAACUUGUGCACUCAUUCCAUGAGAAAACUUGGAAGCACUUCUCUAUGAUUCUUGAAGAAGUGGGCCAAUCUAGAUCCAGUGCUCUUGGAGACAUUAAAAUAGCUGAGGUGAAUGUCAAGGGUUUAUUCGUGAAGCUCAUUAACUCUUCUCCCGACAAAGAGCUGGAAAUUGGAAAUCAUACGCUCCAACAAAAUGUGGAUGGACGAGCAGUCUCUCUCUACCGAUUCCUUCCUGGUAUCAUAAUGCAGGCCAAUUCCACAGUAACAGUCUGGACAGCAGCAUCUGAAGUAAAGCAUCAGUCACCAUCUGAUUUUCUUUGGAAGGAACAAGACAGGUUUAACACAGCCCCAAACUGUACAACAAUCCUGUGCAAACCUAAUGGUGAAGCUGUUGCCUGGUACACUCCCAUUCACUGGAAGCAAGCGUGGGAGAAAUUAGAGACUGACAUCGAAUUUGACAGAUGCUCAAUAAUAAGUACAACACCUCAAAGGCACAUGUUUCACUGGCCAGCAGUUGCAACUACAAUGAAAGAAAAACGAGAUCAGUGUAAGAGAGAGUCCUCAAAAUGGCAGGUGGAACAAGUUCAAGCUUCUCUUAAGAGAGAAAAAGAAAUCCCACCAAGCCUUUUCCCCACUCGCAGCCCAUGGUGCCACAGUCCUAAUGUCCCUGCACACCCCUACUGUGCCCUGACCAAUGCUCACAACACCUCCGUGGCUGAACACUGCUUAAACAGACAGCCCAGGUCAACCCGGACUGAUCCAGUCCAGCGAUCAAGAAAAAACAGGAUGUCUGAGUUACAAAAGCAAUAG